UUUAACACAUCUUUAAAUUUACAGGUCUUGGUGCUGAAUUGGCUGAGCUACUAAUGGAAGCUCAGCUCCUACAGGUUUCACUCCCCGAAAUUCAAGAGUUGUAUCAGACGCUUCUGACUCAUCCCUCACCUGCAACUCCUGAUCAUAACCUUCCUCUUACUAGUCCUAGUAAGGAUAAGGGCUCUUCAAAACCGCAAACAGACUGGACCACCACUCAUUCUGAGGUCCUAAGUUGUACAGCUAGGAAGGACAAAUCUUGCAGUGCUGAGUGGAGGUUAAAGCGUGGCCAUGAGGGUGCUGGACACAAAAUGAGGAAAAAACCCACUCCCUGUAAAAAGAGAGUAAAAAUACCACAGUCCAAAGAUUUGUAUUACCAUGAGGAGACCAAACCAAAUGAUUCUCAGUGGUCGUUUACUUCAGAUGAAUCAGAUGAUGACAAUGCCGUUUGUCCAGCAGAUCACUGCCAGGAACCGGAAGGUGAUGAGGUAGACUGGGUACAGUGUGAUGGGAGCUGCAAUAGAUGGUUCCAUCAAGUCUGUGUUGGUCUCUCUGCAGAAGCAGCUGAGAAGGAAGACUAUAUGUGCAUUCACUGUAGCAAGAUUUCUGCUGAACAUAAAUGAUGGCAGGCAGACACUAUCCUCCAGCACUCAAAAUAAAAAUUCAGGUCUUUUUCACUUUGAUGGCGCAGGGCAAAAUUGACAUUUCCUGGAGCUGUGGAUUUCCUUUUUCUCCUUUUUGAAGAUGUUUUCAGGUUUUCUUUUAUUCUAAUUAAGCUCCAGCUCCAAAUGGUGCUACUUAAACAUGUGCUGCCCUCUCUGCCUUCCACAGAACUCUUGAGAAAAUAUUUUUUUUGGAAAUUUUGUAAAGUUUUUUCUUUCAACAGUGCAGCUCUUUAGUUAAUGAUCUGGUUUUUCAUCUCAAUUUUUUUUCCUUCCCUUUUGAGAGGAGCUUCUUCUGCAAUCCUCUUUUUGAUACCUCACAUCAGUGAUACAUAAGUUCGGCAGCCAAUAGCAGUCUUUCAAUGAGUUGAUAUUUUUAAGGCACCGUGACUCAUACUUAUGGAGACUCAACUCCUUCUCUUGAAAUAUUAAUUUGGAAUAUACAGAACUUAUUUUCAGUAGGAUAAUUUAUCUCGGCAAUAACUUUUUUUUUUUUUUUUUAAAUAUAAUUAAUUCUAAAUCUUGCAACAAGAUCCUGAAUGGUUUGCUCUUGGUUUAAACGUUUCAAUUGAGGGUUACAGUAUAGAAGUGAGUGAUUAGGUGCUUAGAGCAAUGAAAUGGUUAGAUAUAUCAAAUGGAACUGCACGUCCCCUUCCCUUAAAUCCCCAUUAAUUAUUAUUUCUUAUUUGUUUUUGCAUAUCUUGUAGCUUGUAUCAAUUCUGGCAGUUUAUAUAGUGGAAUAAAAAUGCAUUUGUUCCCACAAAAA